UUGAAGUUUGUCUUUUUAUGCAAUCAUUACUCACUUUAUAUACCAUUACAAAAAGCAAAGCGAAACCAUGGGCUUUAACCAGCCAAAAGUACAUCAAAUUGCACAAGUGCAGAGCAUCAUCAUCAUCUUCAUAAGUGAGCUCUGUGAAGACUCAGUUUUUUUCAAUAGUUUAGAGCUGAUAAUAAAGCUAGAGCUCCCGAUCCUUGAAGAAGAGCCAAAGUUUCAGUCAUGCUGGGAAAAAGCUUAACUCCGGUGAUCGGGAAAAUAGCCCGUAGAUCCUGUAUACCAGCUUCCGGCAGCGGAGAACUAGUUGUCGACGGAUCAAUUAGCCCGAGAAGUCCUUUGGACCUGAAAUCACCCAGAGGUCCAAAAAGUUACGAUCUUGGUGUGGUUGGGCUCGCCAUAGUAGCUGCCCUUGAGAAUUCUUGUCAAACUGACGCUGAAUUCUUAACUUGCCGGCCUGUUUAUAAUCGGAGGAACUCAAACCCGAUUCCGGUCAAUUCCUGCCGGAGUUCUCCCAGACUCGCCGGAUAUUUCGAUGAAACGGAUACGGAAUGCUCAGAAGAUGAGGAAGAUGAAGAAUAUACGGUUGUAACUUGCCAUGGCCCCGGUAACAAAUCCUACACACGAGUGUACUGUGACAGAGCCGUGAUCGGCGGCAGUUACAGAAGUUCCAGAUCUAAAUGGCCGAGCGUAUUCGCCGUUUCUCCGGCGAGAACUGGUGGUUUUCCGAGAAACCCAGAUUCCGGUUUUCUGAGUUCAUGCGAUAUGUGCCAGAAAAGCCUUCACGGCAUAGACAUAUUCAUGUACAGGGGUGAGAAAGCAUUUUGCAGCUCGGAAUGUAGAAACAGACAGAUAUUGACUGAGGAGUCCAAUGAGAAUUGCAGUUCGGAGAUUUCAAGGUCUGUUGAUGUUUCGAGCUCAAACGGCGGCCAGAUGUUUUCAGGGAAUGGCAUUCUGGCAAUCUGAUCUGAGAAUAUGUAUAUCUAUCUAUCAAAUAAAGGCAGUAGAGAUUGAGUGUGUGUGUAUAUAUGAGAAGAAUUAACAAAAGGGGCUUUGAAUUCCCUCAACUUUUUUUUGUCGAUUUUUAUGGGAUAUAACAAUAAUCUUGUAAAAACAGAUGUUUAUGCUAUGGCAAUGAAGUUUUGAACUCUC